AUUAACGAUGAUUUAUCGAAACUUUGGUUACCGUUACUCAAAAAAGGUAUGACAAAUGAAGCCAAAGAUAAAAUCCGAAAAGACUAUUUGGUUCCCGACAACUGUCGAUUGCUACAAGCACCAAAAUUAAACGUGGAGAUUUCAGCAGCCGUACCCGAUAUGGUCCGAAACCGAGACAAAAACCUAGCUGCAGCGCAGCAACAACUUGGCCACGGGAUCGCUGCCGUCAAUAAGGCCAUGGAUAUUCUAAUUAAAUGUGUAGAUUCCAACGGAAUCGAAGCUAUGAAACACCUCAGCAACGGCUGCCGUAUUCUGUGUGACCUUCAUGCGUCAUCUACUCAAAGCCGCAUAAAACUUAUCACACCUAGUCUCGAUAAGACGUUCUUGCAAGUUAUUCAAGACACAGAACGUGAUGAUACCCUGUUUGGUAAUAAAUUGUCCGAGAAAAUCAAGGCAGCGAAGACCAUUGAAAAACAAGGUCUCCAAAUCAAGAAAACGUCCCCAAAGAAACCCGCGCCUGCACAGCCGUCGACAAGUCGAGCGUCGUACUCGGGAAACUGGUCAGCGCCCCCUCGUUACGCGUCGAACAGGGGGGGGCGGAGAGGUGCUCGCAGGCAGACGAAUUACACCCGUCGGACGUUUCCAGCUCCACAACCGGCCAAGACAUCCCCUGCGACCAAGACACGUGCCCAGGCACCGUAACGCAGGUACAUGCCGGCCGAAUAAGUCAUUUUUAUAACUGUUGGCUAAAAAUAACAUCGAACGACAUGGUUUUAGAUUGGGUCAGAUAUGGCUACUCAAUCCCAUUUAACUCGGACGUAAAACAAACAUUUGUUCCAUCAAACACGCUCGAACAAAGUGAAGUAGCUGAUAUGAAAUUGGCUAUACAAAAGCUGUUAGAUUUAGGAGCCAUAUCUGAGUGCCCUAAAGUCAAAAACCAAUAUAUAUCUAAGGUUUUUCUUGCCCCAAAACCUAACGGAGGAAAGCGUUUUAUCCUAAAUUUAAAAGGUCUCAAUAAAUUUAUUGCUCCCUGUCAUUUCAAGAUGGAGGAUUAUCGCACGGCCUCAAAACUCAUUCCUCAAAAUGGUUUUUUAGCCACAAUAGAUUUGACAGAAGCAUAUUUGCUUAUACCUAUAAAUAUAAAUGACAGAAAGUACUUGAGAUUUCAAUUUAAUAAUCUGACAUACGAAUUUACAUCAAUGCCGUAUGGUUUAUCUAUAGCUCCUAGAGUAUUCACAAAGAUAAUGAAAGAAGUGGUAUCUAAUUUGAGAUCUCGAGGCUGUAAGUCUGUCAUUUAUUUGGACGAUAUUCUGUGCAUAGGAGAUACCUUUCAAGAAUGUCUAAAUAAUGUUAAGGAAACCUUAAAGCUAUUGCAAUGUUUAGGAUUUGUUAUCAAUUAUGAUAAGAGUUCCUUACAUCCAGAACAAACUUGUAAAUUUUUAGGGUUUAACUUUCACACCCAAAAUUUGACCAUUGCCUUACCCGAUGAUAAACGAAAUAAAAUUGCACAAUUGGUUCGUAAAUUCCUAGAGCUGCCUAAAUGUACCAUUCGAGACUUUUCACAACUCAUCGGAGUUUUAGUGUCAGCCUGUCCCGCUGUUAAAUAUGGUUGGGUUUAUACGAAAACCUUAGAAAGGCUAAAAUAUCUCGAGUUAUUAAAAAAUAACAAUUAUUUUGACGCCAAAAUGAAACCUUCUUGUUCCAUAUUGGACGAUCUUAACUGGUGGUUAAACAAUAUUAUGACAUCAAAUAAUUACAUGAGAUAUCCUAGUUUUCAACUCGAAAUUUACAGUGACGCAUCCAACUCCGGUUGGGGUGCGGUUUGCGGGAAAAAUAAGAUUAAUGGCGUGUGGAAAUCUUCGGAACGGGACUCUCAUAUAAAUUAUUUGGAAUUGCUGGCUGUUUACCUUGGAUUAAAGAGCUUUGCUAAAAAUAUGACUAACUGUGCAAUUUUGUUGCGAGUUGAUAACACGACCGCCAUAAGUUAUAUAAACCGCAUGGGGGGCAUACAGUUUCCACACCUAAACGAUUUGUCUCGUACAAUUUGGCAAUGGUGCGAGAAGCGAAAUAUAUUGAUCUUCGCAUCAUAUAUAAAUACAAAAGAAAACAUUGCGGAUCCAGAGUCUAGAAAAAUAGUUAACCCGGAUACCGAAUGGGAACUGUCAGACAGAGCGUUUGAGUCUAUA